AUGAAUUACAAUACGUAUCCAGGAACUCCAACCAUGGACCGAAGAUUGAGACACAAUCUAUCACCCAUGCUUAGUGCAUCAAACGUACAAUGGGCGCUGGCAAAUAGACAGUAUACUUCGGAUCCAGAAUAUGUCAAGGCUGUCAUAAGGAACUACGUUCACUACAAAGUACAAAGAGGAAAAGGAAAGUCCGAGAUCGCCUAUAAGCUGGAAGUGCUAGAAAGAGAUUCUCCCAUGUACGCAUCUGGCUUUCGAGCCAUCCGAGAAGAGUAUGGAUUAGCUCCUUCAAGAGUGUUACCUGCACCCAGAGUCUCGUCCACCUCCAGCUCCAGCAAUAAUAACUUGAGGCGUACUCAGACUGCGACACCUACAAGUACGACCUCUCGACCAACGACCUCCGGUAUAACCAGAACUCACACGACUGUAGGAGCUACGACCAAUCGACCCACAACGACGAAUGACGACGAAUUAGCACCACCACCUUAUGCGAGUCAGGAUCCUGACCCAGCAUCAACUCGUAUAUUACAAGAAUCACUUGCCGCAGAAGCUGAGCUUGGAAACAGAUUAUCUACCAAUUCACUCAAUAAUACCACAACCACUACUUCUACUGCGACUCAUUCGACUAGCACCAACGAUGUCACUCCACCUACACCUAUAUCUUCUCGAAGACCUGAAACACCGCGAUCACCAAUUCAAGAAGGUCCUUCAAGAGUCCCUAGUGAUCCUGAAUUAGCGAGGGUAUGGGAAGAAUCACAAUUGGAGGAAGCUAAAAGAGCAAGUAGAGCAUGGCAGAUGGAGCAAGACGAACUACAAGAAGCUAUGCGGUUGAGUUUGGCUGAAAGCGAAUCUAGAGGCGAGGGUUCGUCGUCGCAACAAGGUUCAAGCCAUCAACCUAUAACAACGAUUCCAGAAGAACAAUCAAUAGGAGCAACAAACAGCUCAGGAAUGUCAGAUCUGGUUGAAGGAGUGAACGAUAUGUAUAUACCAGGCUCGUAUAAUCCUGCAUCUCCCUCGACAUCGUAUGAUCCUGCUUCCUCUUCGGCAUCACAUAGCAAUAGACCCGUUGAUAUACUUGACACCGAAGAGAACACUUACUUUGGUCAAACACCCCUCACACCUCAGAAGACAGGGUUUCAUAUGGGAAGUAAGAAUCCCUUCUUAUCAUCAAACGAGAAAGAACAAUUACAAGCUAUGGAACAAGCUGCUUUAGCUACUCCUCAAAGUGAAUUCUAUAGAUCGCCAAGCACAUCUUCCCCUGGAUCGAGCUACACGAAUUUCGCUACUCCAAGUGGAAAUCCUGCUCAAGCUCGACAGUCAGUCACCUCACCUAUAGCUGGUCCAAGUCAGACUACUUUCUCUUCACCAUCGAGUCCACCUGCAGCAGCGGACACGGCUCAUCCACGUACACCUCCUGGAUCAGGACACACUCACUAUGCACCGGCUUCGUCUGAAUCGAACAAACAAACAUUCACACCUCCACCUGGACCGCCUCCAUCGCAUCUCAGUAUAGUCACUCCCACCUCUCCAUCCACACGACCUUUACCAGCAACUCCUAAAGACAAUUUCCCUUGGGAUGAAGCCUCGAGUCAAAGAAUUGCUUUUCCCCAACCUAUGCCUAGUCCAACCCAAACGAAUCUUGCGUCUCCUGUAUCAAGCUCACACAACAAUCUGUUACAAACCUUGCAAGGCCCUCCGGAUCUACCUCCGAGACCGAAGUCUUUCGUCGUGCCGGCCGGAAAAGAGGAUCCUCUGGAGAUGCUGAAAGAGUAUGAUACUGUCUUUCUAGUCGAUGACAGUACCUCCAUGGCCGGUGACAGAUGGUCUCAAGCUCGACUGGCUUUGAUGGAAGUAGCUGAGAUCGCGGCCCGGUAUGAUGAAAAUGGCGUCGAUAUCUAUUUCUUGAAUAGCAAGAGAGUAGGUAAGGAAUUGAGGGCUGCACACGAAGUCGAAGACCUGUUUAGAGGAUUGGAGCCCAAAGGAGCUACUCCAACUGGAAUGAGAUUGGAGGCUAUCCUAAGAGAUUAUAUGGCUAAAUUGGAAAGAUCUCAAACUGCUUCUCGCCCUGAAAGUCAUUCCAGCGAGACAGUGAAACCGAUGAAUCUCAUUGUGGUGACUGAUGGCGCCCCUACCGAUGAUCCCGAGUCAGUUCUGAUAAGCAUCGCCAAACGAUUAGAUAGAGGUGAAUUCCCUCUUUCUCAAGUAGGAGUUCAGUUCCUCCAAAUUGGGAAUGAUUCGGAAGCUAGAGAAGCAUUACAAGAACUAGACGAUGGCUUGGCUUCUGCUCAUGGCGUGAGAGACAUAGUCGAUACUGUCCCCUACACGGGAGAAGACAUGAGUGCAGGUCUGAUCAUAAAGACAUUGCUGGGAGGUAUAAACAGGAGAUUGGAUAGGAGGAGUUCAGCGUGA